UGUAAGUCUUGUGUGUGGAGUGUGUGAUGUCCAACCCACCACGUUGUUUUUUGUGAGCGGGCUUGCCAGUACGCACGCCACGUGGCACACUUGUCGAUCGUGUGGGACGUCAACGAAUUCGUGCACGCACGUUGGAGAUGAGGAGGCGGCGGAAGCUCCUCUCCCAGACGACGAUUCAGCAGAAGAAAGUCGAGAAAGUUAUCGGCAAAAUCUAUGGAGACUUCCUUGAAAGAUCUGUCAGCUGCGACGAUGUCAUUCUAUAUCGAGAGCAGCAUGUCAAGUUUCUUCUGAAGGGCCUGCACCACCUCAGUAGUAAACAUACCAGCAUGGACGCAAGCCGCACUUGGCUUUGCUACUGGAUCACCCAUUCGCUUGCCCUUCUUGGUGAAUGGCUGGAUCCUCAAUUGGCAGAUCGGUGCCUUGAUUACUUAUAUAGAUGUCAGGAUCCCGAUGGCGGGUUUGGAGGUGGACCAGGACAGCUCCCACACUUGGCGACUUCUUAUGCUGCGGUCUGCACCCUUGUUACAAUUGGUGGCCGCAAAGCACUCUCAACCGUUGACAGGAAGAAGAUGCUGGAAUUUCUGAUGCGCAUGAAGACACCUUCGGGGGGCUUCAGGAUGCAUGAGAAUGGGGAGGUCGACAUGCGCGGAUGUUAUACAGCUUUGGCGGUUGCCCACAUGCUGAACAUAACAACUCCUGAAUUGAAAAGCAAUGUGGCGGAGUACAUUUCCAGCUGUCAGACUUAUGAGGGAGGAAUUGGAGGUGAACCUGGAAAUGAAGCCCAUGGAGGGUAUACGUUCUGUGGUUUUGCAGCUUUGAUGCUUGCUGAUGCAGUGCAUGCUGUGGAUCUACCCAGCUUGGUGGACUGGGUUGUUUUCCGUCAAGGUGCUGUUGAAGGGGGCUUCCAAGGUCGGACAAACAAGCUGGUCGAUGGAUGCUACUCGUACUGGCAGGGCACACUCUUUCUUCUCUUGCAGAGAGUCAUACACCAGCCUUUGGCUGAUCAACGGGUGAAUAAACCAAGUGGCCUGGAUGUGAAAAUGGAGCCUCCGCUAGUGUUUGAAACGCCUUGCGGAUCUCCGAAUAUCCCUAUGGAAAGUGAACUGGGAACGGAUGUCAAUGUGGACAGCAUGCAGGGCCUCGGUGAGCAAAGCUGCUCGAGUAGAGAAGAGGAAGAUGUGCAAUUGACGAUGGAUGAAGCCGGGGGAAAGGGGAAAAGAGCUGUUGAGGAGGAGGAGGAGGAGAGGGGGGGCGAGCGUGAGGCUUUAGGAGAUGAUGAGAAGACACGAAAAGGUUGUGGGACCCUCAUAGUAGAGGAGGAGGAGGGGGGAAGCUCUGCGACCAUGAGGGAUGUUGGAGAUGGGCAGGGGGAUAAAGAUAAGGACCUGCCAGAAAUGGGCAGUUAUGAAGAGGAAGAGAGUGCUUGGGUUCAGAAGACCACUCCGAGCGAGGAGGAGGUUGACUAUGAUGGCGAGACCUGGAUGGAUGACAGUGACAUUGAAGAAGCGCGGCGACGACGGUUCAACGCGAUACCGCUUGUGAAGGCAGAGGAUUUGUUUGCUAGCUACCAUGGGUUUGAUAGAUUGGCUGAGGGUGGGUGCUGGUUAGGAGGGGAUGAGUGUGUCUGGGGUGAGGCAUCUUUGGACGAAGUGGAUGGUAAAGAUGUAUUGCAAAGACCAGAGAAAGUACAAGGAACUUUCGACACAGAUGGAGGAAAUGACAGGGGAAAGUUCGAAGAAGAAACGGAGGAAAGCGAAGCGAAUGCUUCAUGCCAGGUUGACAGAAAUGGGAAUGGAACUGGAGGGGUCUCAGGAGCAGGGGGGCAAAUGGAUGGCGAGGGCCUGGGAGCAGAUGUAUUCUCCAUUGCACUCUUUAACACCCGUGCGCUUCAGGGAUAUGUGCUGAUUUGCUGUCAGGCAACUGAUGGAGGACUCAAGGACAGACCUGGCAAAGCCCCUGUUCAAUGUUCACCUUCAAAGGUACAGGGAGUCACAGGCGUUUUACAAAUCGCUGCCUCAUCCUCUAUCACAGCAAGGAUAGAGUGGAGUGAUAGUCCCCCACUGGAGGGAGUUGCUGUCGAAUGACAUCUGCAGGGACCUGGGGACGCUAUGCGCAACUUCUAUCUUCAAAGGUACUUGGUGUCAAAAGCGCUUCACGACUCCCUUCCUCUUCCGCAGCUUUGGCAAAGAUGCAGUGGAUUAAAAGUGGUCCCCACCUGAGGGACCUCUCUUUUCUGAGUGACAUGUUUUUUUGAACCUUUUUCCCACACCUCUCGAACGAUCUUAGAAAUGUACGCAUGCCUGAUGCAACAUCUUAGUGUUUUUGUGAAGCAUGCUAUUGAGUAGUGUUCCCCACCUGAGAGACUUCUCUUUUGAUUGACGGCCCAUGUCGGAGGCGAUGUGUUCGGUGUUGUUGUCAUUACUGUAUAAGUGUGAGCACAUCAGGAUAUCGAAAUAUGGCUAUGGAUGGUACUGCAGACUGGAAUUGGGUUGUUGUCGUGUAAGUGUUGAUCGCACAUGAUCCCAACGAUUCAUUGAAGUGUCACUUGGCUCCGGCCUCCUGCCCCGGUUUGCUGUCAGCUAAAGAGCAGAAGGCAUUUGUGUUUGCUUGAAACAAGUGGACAUCUGGUGAAGCUGUAUGUCCCCGACGACGAAUUGGCGGAGAAAGGAUGAAAGGGGGGGGGGGCUGGGGGGGAAGAGUUGGGGAGAGCUUCCCAGUUGCAGUGAGAAAUUCAUUUUGAUUACAUUCUGAAAUCUCUCUUCAGGGAUGAGCAGAUGUACACAUCGGCAAGGCACAUUUGGCGGUAAGGGUCGACAACCGUUACACCUGGCUGUGAUGAGCAGAUGUACAUCAGCAAGGCACAUUCGGUGGUAAGGGUCGACAUCCACUACACCUGGCUGUGAUGGUUCCUUUCCCCUGCCACAUGCCCGCGUGGUUGUGGCAAUGAUGGACACUCUGCGGUGAUGCAUGACGACGUAAUGUAUGGUGGUUUCCAGACCUUUCGAUACCUGGAUUUCAAGAUUGGAGGCUCCUUCAACCAGAAUCGAAGGCCAGUCAGACCAGGAAUACAAGUUGGUUCCGUGGACAAGAUGCCGUCGCGUGUUUUAAGUUAAUUUGAACCAGGAUUGGAGGGAAGUUGGACCCGGAAUACAAGUUGGAGAUGGCGUCGCGUGUUUUAAGUUAAGCAAACGGUGGGUGGGUCCUGCUAUCUGUGGCGUCCGGGCACUUGUGGAAGAAUGGUGGGAGCAUGGGGGGAUAUGUCCUUCAGGCAGUUGUGGCAGUAUCUGGUCUACGAUAAGUGAUAGGAAUGUGUAUACUUGUUGGUAGGUUGUUUGUAUGGUUAGCGGAAACAGUGGAGUUUGUGGUGGCUGGGAGACAUUGGGUUGGCCCGGGUGGGCUAGUUCAUCCUUCUUUUGAUGCUGUCUGACUUAGAUUGUGAGGUAUCCUUUGUCUAGGUUUUUCUCGAUUUUGCAUUCCUGGUAGUCCCAUCUUUUUUUCACAAACAGACUGCGGCGUUUGCUCACACAUGUCAUUGCGGUGCUUGCAAAGUCCUUUCUGUGAAUACUGUGCAUAAGAGGAACAGUGACGGCGUCGGUUGUGCAUGAAUGUGGUGUGUGCGCACGCCGUUGCUGCCGCUACCUUUGCUGCCAUCUUGUGAGCAAUUGACAUUGCAUGUAUACUCGCAAUGGCCUGGAGGGGUAAAAUCGUAAAAGAGAAAUCGGCAACGUGUUGCUGCUGUUUCAGAGAGUGCGUGCUGAUCGGGGCGUAGGAGGAGCCAUAAGGCGGAAUCCGGUAGUGGCAUCCAAUUUUUGAAUUUCCUUCCCAAUCCCCUCACCCUUCCUUCCUCCUCCAGGCUCUAGCUAGAACCAUUCCUAAUCUAGAAAUAGAAACUUGCACUUGUGCUCGACAUUCCUGAGGUGUCUUUUGACUUUUUGUGCUACGCCUGUACAAGGAGUGUGCCUCGACAACUUGACAAAGUGGACGAGCCCCCUCUUCUCGGCGUUCUCAACUAUCUCGUUCGUUGUAUCGUCUGUCAGUGUCUUCUCUUGCCAUGUUCCCAUAACGUU